AUGAUUUCCUCUAUUACUGCUUACUUGGAAGAAUUAAAGGAUGCUUUCGUGCCAACUGUGGCCAAGGCUGAAGACGACGUUGAAGAAGAUGAAGAAGAGGAAGAAGAUGACGAAGAUGAAGACGAUGAAGAUGAAGAAGAAGAACAAGGUGAUCAAUUAGAUGCUUUGAGAGAAGAAUGUAAAUCUACCGAAGAAGGUAAGCACUUGGUUCAUCAUUAUCUGGAAUGUGUCGAAAGAGUUCAAAAGGCACAAGAAGAACCAGGCUAUGAAGAUUUGGCAUACAAGGAGGACUGUGUGGAAGAAUUCUUCCACUUGGCACAUUUCGUGGAUGAAUGCGCUGCUCCAAAACUGUUCGAUUACUUGAAAUAA